GGCGCGGCCAGCAGGGGCGGGGCUGUGAAUCGGGAAGUUAGCAGAGCCGCGGCCGCCGGAUCCGUGCGCGGCGGAGAGCGGCCCCGAUCCCGGAGCCCGGCCCGGCCAUGAAGUUCCUGUACAAGGAGGAGCACCCGUUCGAGAAGCGGCGCUGCGAGGGCGAGAAAAUCCGCAAGAAGUACCCGGACCGCGUCCCGGUCAUUGUGGAAAAGGCCCCCAAAGCCCGGAUAGGAGACCUGGAUAAGAAGAAAUACCUGGUGCCCUCUGACCUCACAGUUGGCCAGUUCUACUUCCUGAUCCGGAAGCGGAUCCACCUGCGGGCCGAGGACGCCUUGUUCUUCUUUGUCAAUAACGUUAUCCCCCCGACCAGUGCCACCAUGGGGCAGCUGUACCAGGAGCACCAUGAGGAAGACUUCUUCCUGUACAUAGCCUACAGUGACGAGAGUGUCUAUGGGCUGUGAAGGGCUGUGCAGCGCCCCCGGGGAUCCCCCCACACCCGCAGGGACCUGCACUUUUUGUUUGGGGGGGGUGGAGAUUUUUUUGGGGGGGCGGGGUAGGGAUAUUCUUCCUUUUGAUUUUGUACCCCUCCCCUUCCUCUGAGCCAUGGGGGCCUGCGGGCAGG